UCUGGGGAGUUAACAUGGAGUUCAUUUCUUUUUUCUUACUAUGUGUGUGAUAUAUCAGAAAGGCUUUUGACUCUAUUCUUGAAAAAUUGUCAUUUUACUCAAACAGUUGGCCAUCCUCCCUGCUGGUGUUCUGAUCCAAGCCUGUGCCAUUUUACAUAUGAAUUGUGAGAAGUCUGAGAGAACUUAUUUUUCCCGACACCUUCAGCAUCUUCUUAAUAAACACAGCCAAUGGCCCUUUGAAAACACACCUGUCAUGUAGCAACUGUGCUGAGGAGUCAUGAUUAUUUGGCUUUUUUUCCUGUAUAAAUAUGGAAAAGCACAAGCAAUCAUUGAGAAGGUCUAAGGAAGAAUCAGAAUUCUUGAGGUAGUAAAGGAAUCCCCCAAACCAGAAGGGCAGGGUUGAGAUUAGCUUGAUGUUACCAAGCAGUGGAAGUGGAAGAGCCAGACCCUGUAGGAGCUUCAACUUCUGAUUCUAAAUGUAGUCCUCUCUUUUCUCACCCUGGAAGCACGUGGAAGAAAGAAGAAUGACUAUGAAUGAGACAUAAUGCAUAUUACCACAUGAGAGAAAUUACCCCUGACGUCACAGUGUCUCACCUCGACAGAUGCUCUGGAGUUUGUAGCUUUUGGGCACCAGAAGAUUCAGGACUUGCUUAGGCAGAGGAGUGGCAAGCCAUGAGUUCCAAACAGCAGUUUGUCAAACUAAAUGAUGGCCACUUCAUUCCUGCUCUGGGUUUUGGCACCUAUAAACCCCAAGAGGCUCCCAAGAGUAAGUCACUGGAAGCUGCAAACCUAGCUAUAGGUGUUGGGUACCGCCAUAUUGAUACUGCUUUUGCAUAUCAAAUAGAAGAGGAGGUAGGACAGGCCAUUCAAAGCAAAAUUAAAGCUGGCAUUGUAAAGAGAGAAGACAUGUUCAUCACUACAAAGCUUUGGUGCACUUGUUUUCGGCCAGAGCUGGUCCAGUCUAGUUUGGAAAAAUCACUGAAAAGACUUCAACUGGACUAUGUUGAUCUUUACAUUAUGCAUUACCCAGUGCCGAUGAAACCAGGGGAUAAUGAUUUUCCAAUAGAUGACCAAGGAAAAGUACUACUGGACACAGUGGACUUCUGUGUCACGUGGGAGGCAUUGGAGAAGUGUAAGGAUGCAGGAUUGGUCAAGUCUAUUGGGGUGUCCAACUUUAACCACAAGCAGUUAGAGAGAAUCCUGAAUAAGCCAGGACUUAAGUACAAGCCUGUCUGCAAUCAGGUUGAAUGUCAUCUUUAUUUAAACCAGAGUAAGCUGCUGGAUUACUGCAAAUCAAAAGACAUUGUUCUCGUUGCUUAUGGUGCUCUGGGAACACAACGAUAUAAAGAAUGGGUGGACCAGAACUCUCCAGUUCUCUUGAAUGAUCCAGUUCUUUGUGAUGUGGCCAAAAAGAACAAGCGAAGCCCUGCCCUGAUUGCACUUCGAUACCUGCUUCAGCGUGGGGUUGUGCCCCUGGCCCAGAGUUUCAAAGAAAAUGAGAUGAAAGAGAAUUUACAGGUUUUUGAAUUCCAGUUGUCUCCUGAGGAUAUGAAAACCCUAGAUGGCCUGAACAGAAAUUUUCGAUAUCUUGCAGCUGACUUAUUGGACUCCCAGAGCUCAAAUAGCCAAACUAGUGGAAACACAUGAACUAUGAACCAAUAGCUGAGGAGCCCCCAACUGGAUCAGGCCCUCUGGAUAAGUGAGACAGUUGAUUAACUUGAACUGUUUGGGAGGCCCCCAGGCAGUGGGACCAGGACCUGUCCUUAGUGCAUGAGCUGGCUGUUUGGAACCUGGGGCCUAUGCAGGGACACUUUGCUCAGCCUGGGUGAAGGGAGGAGGGGACUAGACCUGCCUGGACUGAAUCUACCAGGCUGAGCUUAAUCCCCAGGGGAGUUCUUGCCCUGGAG